UAGUUUAAUGACGCCACUACAGUCUUUUUACCUCCGAUGUAAAAUACCCCAGCAAGUCGUAGCGUCCAGUUACCUUCGGUGGUUUGGGUGAUAUUUAUACCGCAUUAAAACAGGGAACAUCAUGACGGUAAUGCUUUGAAAGUGGUAUUAUAUACUUAUGGUAAAUUGUAAACAGGCCUAAGUGUUUGAACUUUCGCCUUUAGUAAAGGUGUGUCGUCUAUCCAUACUAUUAACAUUAAGCUAGCUCAUGUAACAUUGUUGCUUGCGCUAUUUUGGGCGACCGGUUUUGUUACUUUAACUAAGUAUACGUUUAAUUUAAAACAACUAGUCGCUUGUGUCAUCGAACUGCGUUAGCUAUCCACUCCACUUGAAAAACAUUCAAUGUUUUUCAAGCUAUCCACUUGAAAAACAUUAGCUUAUACUGUUAGCUUAGUGCCAGUCGUUUUUUUGUCACUAAGCAUGAAUGUGACGAAAAUGGACAAUAGGGGUAUGUAACCAAUUUACUAAUCGUACGCCAUGGCUGGAUUCAGCUUUAUCCCUGCCAGGAAACAGGAUGUAUUCAGUAUUGAGGCGGUUAACCCGUCACGUUAUCGAACGAGUGGCACAUCUACAGGAGAGGAGGCAAGGCAGUUCUAUGAACAUGUGAUUAAAGAUGUCAAAAUAGAAGAAGAGACAUCCAAACCACCAUGUGGGCGACGGCGCCAGAGAAAACGCACUGAUGGAGACUCCAGCAGGAGGAGAAGGACUUCAGUUCAAACAAAUCUGGUGGAAAGACGAGCUGGUGAAGGCAGCCAAAGAAGAGAAACUGCACAGGGGCUCAUCAUCAACUCCGAGAGGUCUUCCGAGCUUCAAGGUCUUAAGCUGCUCCGCUGUGCUCAAGAAGGCAACCUCCCUGGUGUCAAAGACCUGCUUUCCAAUGGGGCUGACAUCAACUUUCAGGAUACGUUUUUCUGGACAGGUUUGAUGUGUGCAAGCUGGUCGGGACAAAGAGCUGCUGUGAGGCUGCUGUUGGAACAAGGAGCUGCCUGGGUGGGUGUGGUUGACACUCAGGGUCGGGAUGCCAGAGAUCUAGCCUUGGAGGCGGGCCACAGUGGUGUGUUGGAAGAGCUGGAGAACUACGGGAGAAGUCAAUCUCCACCCAGACAAACUAAUAACAGUGCUCUGCACCCUCAGUGGUGUGAUGUGUGCCAUUCCAAUUACACAAGCAGCCUGUCAUCACAUCUCUCCUCCACUCUACAUCAGUUCAGUCAACACCGCCCACCGCCUGCCCCCUAUUACUGUCUCCCCCCAUCCUCCAAUAGCUACAAGAUGAUGCUUAAUUGCGGAUGGCGGCCCGGCAAAGGACUCGGCCCAAAUGGAGAGGGGUCCAAACUACCAGUGGCAACCAUCCUAAAGAGAGACCAAAAAGGCCUCGGGUACGGGAAAAUGAAAAAAGCCAAAGUGACACACUUCAAAGCCAGAGAUCAGGAUGCAGUGAAAGGACAUCAUACGGAGAGAGAGGAAACGGAAAGGAAAGGGAAGACAAAAGAGGAAAGUCAGAGAAGUAAACAAAAGGACAAGAACUGGGAAAGAGAUUUCCGUACUUCUUUUUAUCUCUGAUAAUUGUGUUUUUGUGUAAAGCUGACAAUAUUUCAUAUUGUAUUCAAAUAAAGAAUUAUGUUGUUCAGA